UUUCUCACAUGGUUCUAGAGGAAGUUAAUUGUAUGCAGAACCAUCUUGAAAUAGAGAAGACUUGUCGAGAAAGUGCUGAAGCUUUGGCAACAAAGCUAAAUAAAGAAAAUAAAACAUUGAAAAGAAUCAGCAUGUUAUACAUGGCCAAGCUGGGGCCAGAUGUGAUAACUGAGGAGAUAAACAUUGAUGAUGAAGAUUCAGCUGUGGACACAGAGGGUACUGCCAAGACUUGUGUCUCAAUAGAGUGUCAGAAGCAAAUCAAAGAACUUCGAGAUCAACUUGUAUCUGUUCAGGAGGAAAAGAAGAUAUUAGCCAUUGAGCUGGAAAAUCUCAAGAGCAAACUUGUAGAAGUUAUGGAAGAAGUAAAUAAAGCUAAACAAGAAAAAGCUGUUUUAAAUUCAGAAGUUCUUGAACAGAGAAAAGUCUUAGAAAAAUGCAAUAGAGUGUCCAUGUUAGCCGUAGAAGAGUAUGAGGAGAUGCAAGUAAACCUGGAAUUGGAAAAGGACCUUCGAAAGAAAGCAGAGUCGUUUGCACAAGAGAUGUUCAUCGAACAAAACAAGCUAAAGAGACAAAGCCACCUUCUGCUUCAUAGCUCUGUCCCUGACCAGCAGCUUUUGAAAGCUUUAGAUGAAAAUGCAAAACUCAUCCAGCUCCUUGAAGAAGAGAGAAUUCAGCAUCAGCAAAAGGUCAAAGAAUUAGAAGAGCAACUAGAAAAUGAAAUACUCCACAAAGAGAUACACAACCUCAAACAGCAACUGGAACUCCUAGAAGAAGAUAAAAAAGAAUUGGAAUUAAAAUAUCAGAAUUCUGAGGAGAAAGCCAGAAAUUUAAAGCAUUCUGUUGAUGAACUCCAGAAACGAGUGAACCAGUCUGAGAAUUCAGUACUUCCACCACCUCCUCCUCCACCACCACUCCCCCCUCCACCUCCCAAUCCUAUCCGGUCCCUUAUGUCCAUGAUUCGGAAGCGAUCCCACCCUAGUGGCAGUGGUGCAAAGAAAGAAAAGCCAACUCAACCAGAAACAACUGAAGAAGUCACAGAUCUAAAGAGGCAAGCAGUCGAAGAGAUGAUGGAUAGAAUUAAAAAGGGAGUUCAUCUUAGACCAGUUAAUCAGACAGCCAGACCGAAGGCAAAGCCAGAAUCUUCAAAAGGCUCUGAAAGUGCAGUGAAUGAACUAAAAGGAAUACUGGGGACACUUAACAAAUCCACUAGUUCAAGAAGCUUAAAAUCCCUUGACUCUGAAAACAGUGAAACUGAGUUAGAAAGGAUUUUGCGUCGCAGAAAGGUGACAGCAGAAGCAGAUAGCAGUAGUCCAACCGGGAUAUUAGCCACCUCAGAGUCCAAAUCCAUGCCAGUGUUGGGUUCUGUAUCCAGUGUAACAAAAACAGCCUUGAACAAGAAAACUCUGGAGGCAGAAUUCAACAGCCCGUCCCCCCCAACACCUGAGCAAGGUGAAGGGUCCUGUAAAUGGGAAGGAUGCACAAGUUCCAAGGUUACAUUUAAGCCUCCCAGUAAUGCUGGAUACAGGACAAAAUACCUUGGCAGUGAAAAGCAAGCUGAACCGGUUGUAGUUUUAGAUCCUGUUUCCACACAUGAACCCCAAACCAAAGACCAGCUCGUCAAGAAAGAUCCAACUCAACACAAAGAAGAUGAUGGCAAAAUAAAAUCAGAAUACAAAGAAGACAGCAUUGAAAAAAUGAGAGAGACAGACAGCUCCAACUGCUGA